CCAUUCGUCAAUAUCAUUAAUCAUGACGCAAGAAGAGCUGGCUCCGAAGCGAAGUUGGGAAGAAAUCGCUCGCAAGAAGCGUGCAGCGAUCGCGGCAUCUCUGCCCUCGCAAUGGCAGGUUCAGAGUGUCCCUUCGGCCGAUUCUGUCCCUUCUGCUUUUGGGCUUGUUCGAGAGGGACUGUCUCCCAAAGAGAUCGAAAUUACCGAAAUCGAAUCUGCGAGCAAGCUGUUGUCCCGCAUCGCGUCAGGCGAUCUGUCGGCAGUCGAAGUCACAGAAGCUUUCAGUCAUCGUGCAACCAUCGCUCAUCAAUUGACCAACUGCUUGAGUGAAGUGCUCUUCGCCGAUGCCAAACAACGGGCUCUUGAACUUGAUGAGCAUUAUGCAAAGACCGGCAAGACUGUUGGUCCUCUUCAUGGUUUGCCCAUUUCGUUGAAAGAUCAAUUCCGCAUCGAAGGCGUUGAUACAUCGCUCGGAUAUGUUUCCUGGCUUGGCAAGCCGGAGACCCAAGAGACUGAAUCGCAGCUCGUGUCUGACCUUAGGAAGCUGGGGGCAGUGUUCUAUUGCAAGACAAAUGUCCCGACAAGUUUGAUGGCGAUUGAAACGAACAACAACAUCGUAGGGUAUACCAAGAAUGCGCACAAUCGACUACUCUCUUCAGGAGGCUCGUCAGGAGGGGAGGCUGCGUUGCUCGCCUUGAGAGGUAGUAUUCUGGGCAUUGGGUCCGACGUUGGUAAGUUGUCGUGGAUGCUCUCGCUCUUGCAUAGUCUGAUCACUGAUCCGCAACGCUUUACAGGAGCAUCCAUUCGUCUUCCGUGCGCCUUCAACGGCAUAGUCGGACUCAAGCCUUCUCACAACCGGACUUCUUGUUUGAGGGUUGCGAACAGUAUGGAGGGGCAAUCCGUCGUUCGCUCGGCAAUAGGUGGAAUGGGCCACAGCAUCCAAGACCUUAGGCUCCUGACCAGGACGAUGCUCGAUGUGCAACCUUGGAUACUCGAUCCAAAUGUCGUGCCUCUGCCCUGGCGCCAGGGUCUCGAAGACGAGACAAGAAAGAAGAUUGCGUCGAAGAAGCUUCGAUUUGGCGUGAUCAGAAGCGAUGGUAUGGUGCGACCACACCCACCAGUUGCGCGGGCCGUCGAUGAGGCUGUGAAAGCCUUGGUCGCCAAGGGACAUGAGGUCAUAGAAUGGGAGCCUCCCGCUCAUGCAGAAGCAUUUGUAAGCCUGUGGGACACAUUCGCAGCAGAUGGAGGAAAGGACAUUCAUUCCCAACUAGAAGUAUCAGGUGAGCCACCUGUGCCAGAGUUGGCCAUCUCGUAUGGUGAGAAAGUCGGCCAUCUGCCAGUCAGCAGCCUCAACGACGCUUGGACCAUUGAGACUCGCAAGUAUGACUAUGGAGUCCGUUACGCUUCAUAUUGGCAGUCCACAGGCGUCGAUGCGGUCAUUGCUCCCGCUGCACCAACAACGUCUCAUAAGCCAACCAAGGGCCGGUACUUUGGGUACACUGGAGUGUGGAACGUGUUGGACUAUUCAGCAGUGGCGGUGCGGUCAGGUACGACCGUCGAUAAGGCCGUCGAUGUUGCGGUGGCAUCGGCAACACCACUCAAUCCACUAGACGAAGAAGUGGCAAAGCAGUAUGACCCAGAACUCUUCCAUGGCAUGCCCAUUGGUCUUCAGGUCGUUGGCCAGAGGUUAGAAGAGGAGCAGGUUCUUGCUAUCGCGGAGGAAGUUGACCUGAUCUUGGGGCACGGAUCAACAGGGCUCGAUACAAACGCGAUCUAACUUCAAGCUGUGGUUGCGAAAGUCAUUCAAAUUGUCGUUUACUUCUUUUCCCCUCAUGCACACCACGGCCUGUGUCUUUUCGAUGUCUUUUGGAUACGCGGCGCGAUAACGCCAAGUAUAACGCUGUGUUAUCCCCGUUUGGCUGUUCCCGUUUGGCUGUGCCCGUUUCGAAGCAGUCUCCGCGUUGCGGUGUGCAGAGUGUCGAGAUGCUUCGACUGGGCUACACAUCCGCAAAUGCAUGCUUCGGCGGAAGGAAUGUAGCUGAGGCUGCGCAGAAAACGAAGUCGACGAUGUAUGUGUCGCAGACAGCGAAAGUCAUCAUCUUUCAAACACAACGCCGCUUCGUCCAUCCCGGAGACUUCUAUUCUGCUUCCACGAACGCCUUCAAUUCAUCCCCUUGCUGAUCAAAUAAACGCUGCAGAGCGUCUUUUAACGGCAAAGA